GGCCCCACCGGGCGGCAGACGCCUGGCUGGGCUGCGGCCAAGUGGCCACCUCCUCGCGUCCGGCCUGGCGUCCCCAUGCACGCCCGGCCUCGCCUUCCCUUCCCCGAUAUCUCUUCGUCUCGCCGCCGCCGCGCGCGCACUCUCGUGUGACGUGUCCCAGCAGUCCGUCCAGUCCCUGGCUUCUCUCCCCCUUGUUGUUCUUGGCUCCGCGAUGGCGGUGGGUUGCUUCAACCCCGUGCUCUCGCCGCUUGUUCCUUCGCCGCCGGGUAGGCGCGUCCGAGCGGCGCUGCGGUGCCGGUGGCAUCGUCACCCGCUGACCGCGGUCUCCCUCCGGCGGCUCCCGUGCGGCGCGGCAGCUGGUCGUGGCACGCGGCGGCUCGCGGCGGCGGCAGAGUCGCAGGCCGUGCAGGAGCAGCCGGCGCGGGCGGAAGAGGCCGGCGGGGCGGGUGCCGCUGAGGCGUCCUCCAAGCUGGUUCUGGUCGUUGGCGGAACCGGCGGCGUGGGGCAGUUGGUUGUAGCAUCAUUGCUGAGCAGGAACAUCAAGUCAAGGUUGCUCCUAAGAGAUCCAGAAAAGGCGUCGUCCCUGUUUGGCAAGCAGGAUGAGAGUGUACUACAGGUUUACAAAGCGGACACAAGAAACCCUAAUGAUUUGGAUCCACAGAUGUUUGAGGGAGUUACGCAUGUGAUAUGUUGUACUGGAACUACAGCAUUUCCGUCUAAGCGCUGGGAUGGAGAUAACACUCCAGAACGUGUAGAUUGGGAUGGCAUCAGAAAUCUUGUCAGUGCCUUGCCACAGACAGUCAAGAGACUGGUUCUUGUGUCAUCCAUUGGUGUUACAAAAUACAAUGAGAUACCAUGGAGCAUCAUGAAUCUCUUUGGUGUGCUUAAGUACAAGAAGAUGGGAGAAGACUUUGUCUGCAAUUCAGGGAUACCAUUCACGAUUAUUAGGGCUGGAAGAUUGACAGACGGGCCCUACACUUCGUAUGAUCUUAAUACACUUCUUAAAGCUACAGCUGGAGAGCGACGAGCAGUAGUCAUAGGCAAAGGUGACAAGCUUGUGGGGGAAGUUAGCAGACUUGUGGUAGCAGAAGCUUGUAUCCAAGCUUUAGAUAUUGAAUCCACUGAAGGACAAAUAUAUGAGAUUAACUCAGUUAAGGGUGAAGGGCCCGGAACUGACCCAGAGAAAUGGGAGGAGCUAUUCAGAUCUGCUCGGUCAGACUAGUGGCAUUCUGCAAAGCGUAGUAACGUAAUGUAGGAAUAUGCAUCGUAAUACAAUGUAAUCCAUAGAGUGCAGCCCUAAUUCAAUAGUCACUGAACAGUAGCGAUCAUGUAGAGAAUAUUUGGUUUGUGUACAUAGUAUGAGCAUUCAUAUAUGACGAUUAUACCUCCUAAAAGUGAUAGUUUUUGUUGGAAAGUAAAAUGUUCAGUGUUAUCCUUAUCCACUUUCAGACUUGAUUU